GCUUCUGCCACAAGCUAGCUAGCUGGCUAGCUUUUCUCUAUAAAUAAUCCCAUCCCAUGAGGGCCGCCCAAGCCACUUCAAAUUAUAUCAUAUAGACAUCAUCUUUCUCACCUUUCUUCUCUUCUUCCUCUUCUUCUUCUUCUUCUUCUUCUUUGCCUAUAUACAAGCAUUUCACUUGGAAAUCCAUCAUGUUUGGUUGGCGUUCAGGGACACAUAGAUUGUCCAAUGCCAUGUCUAUUGUGGAGCUUCUGGUUCAUAUGGAUUGUGAAGGAUGCGAAAAGAGAAUACGAAGAGCCAUCUCUAAAUUAUCUGGCGUUGAUCAUUUGGAUAUCGACAUGGACAAACAGAAAGUGACUGUAACUGGGUACGUGGAUCAGAGACAGGUACUAAAGGUAGUGAGAAGAACGGGAAGGAAAGCUGAGUUUUGGCCAUACCCUUAUGAUAGCGAGUACUACCCAUAUGCAGCACAGUACUUGGAUGAAUCUACAUAUACUUCAAGCUACAACUACUACAUGCAUGGUUACAACGAAAGUGUCCAUGGAUAUUUCCCAGACCCGCCUUACCCAAUACUCAUCGAUGAUCAAACUGCGCAUAUUUUCAGUGAUGAUAAUGUUCAUGCAUGCAGCAUAAUGUGAUCUGCUUGUCCAAUUAUUCAUUCUUCAGAAAUAUCCAUAGCCCGUAUACAUAAAUUAUAGUAUGUAUUUCUACAAAUACAUAUACAUGUUUGAAAAUAUUAUGAAAAAAAAAAAUGAAAGAGUUUGCUUUAAGGAUGGUAACAGUGUUGCUUCUAAUGAAGAUGACUUCAUAAGAUAAUGAAAGAGUCUGGCUUAUAACA